AUGUCCAUAGGUAAAAAAUUUGCAUGCGCAGCUUGUGUCAAAGGUCACAGGUCGAGUAGUUGUGCUCAUACCGAUCGGACGUUAGUUGAGAUUGGAAAAAAAGGUCGUCCACCAACCCAAUGUGCACAUUGCCGUGAAUUGAGGCGGAUCAGUAAGGUUCAUUCUAAAUGUGUAUGUGGUAAUAAACCAUUGAAGCAACGUCAGUACUGUCAUCUUGACUUUUUUUAUCGAGUUCUUUUGACUGAUCGGUUGAGAUUCCUUUGA